AACGCAAAAAUGCAAUAAUCGAUUCAAGUUAUCGACAUUUUCGAUAAGUAUCAUGUCAUUAGAACAUCACUUAAUGGAGUAUAAGUCUCCGGCUAUAAAUCGGUAUAACCUAUACGACACACGGUUCCUCUUGAUUUCUUUUAGCUAUUCAUCUUGCCUUAUAAGGGAAUACUUUUUUAAUCACUGACCACUUCAUUCCCAACAUUUGAGGUAAAAUAUUUAAGUUAAAACAAUGUCCGAUCCUCGUAUAAGAACUCUAAAAAUUAAAACUGGAGUAGUGAAACGUCUCGCGAAAGAAAAAGUCACUUAUGAGAAAGAAGCAGCACAGCAACGUGAAAGGAUACAAAAGUUAAAGGAACAGGAUAAAGAUGGAUAUGAUAUAAAAAAACAAGAAGAAGUACUUCAAGAAUCACUCAUGAUGGUGCCAGAUUGUCAAAGACGUCUUGUAAAAGCAUUUGAGGAACUUAAAAAAAUUUUGGAUACUGAACAGGAUUUAAAAGAGGUUGAAGAUUAUAUUGAAGCAGAAAAAGUAUUAAGAGAAGCAGAAGCUCAACUUCCUAAAGAAGGAGAAAUAAUGGAAAUGUGUUAAGAGACAAAAGCCUAAUAAUUUUGUUAA